AUGUCACAUCCACACUCCCAUAGUAUAUACCUGUCCGAGGCUCCCGUUAGGAGACCACAGGCCAUGGGCAAUUCGCUUCUAAGGAAGAUUCAAAGAGCCUGCAGAAUGUCAUUAGCUGAACCAGACUUGGGAUUGAAUCUAGAUAUUGCUGAUUACAUCAAUGAGAAACAAGGUGCCGCUCCCAGAGAUGCAGCCAUUACUCUUGCUAAAUUGAUCAACAAUAGGGAAUCGCACGUGGCCAUAUUCGCCUUAUCUUUAUUGGACGUGUUAGUCAAAAAUUGUGGAUAUCCGUUUCACUUGCAGAUUUCUAGAAAAGAGUUCUUAAAUGAAUUGGUCAAGAGAUUCCCAGGUCACCCACCAUUGCGUUACUCUAAGAUUCAGAGAUUGAUUUUGACAGCUAUCGAAGAAUGGUAUCAAACCAUUUGUAAGCACUCGAGCUAUAAAAAUGAUAUGGCCUAUAUCAGAGAUAUGCAUCGUUUAUUGAAGUACAAGGGUUAUGCAUUCCCUAAGAUCAGCGAGUCUGAUUUGGCAGUUUUGAAACCUAGCAACCAAUUGAAGACCGCCAGUGAAAUUCAAAAAGAACAGGAAGUCGCUCAAGCUGCCAAACUGGAAGAAUUGAUCAGACGUGGUAAGCCUGAAGAUUUAAGGGAAGCUAACAAAUUGAUGAAAAUCAUGGCUGGGUUUAAAGAAGACAAUGUCGUUCAUGCUAAACAGGCCAUCUCUAAUGAAUUGAACAAAUUAAAACGUAAGGCAGAUUUGCUGAAUGAAAUGUUGGAGUCAAAUGACUUACAGAAUUGGGAUAAUGAGACUACGCAGGAACUCCAAGGUUCAUUGAAAGCUGCCCAACCAAAAUUUCAAAAAAUUAUUGAAGAAGAACAGGAAGACGAUACAUUAGUGCAAGAUAUACUGAAGUUUAACGAUACGGUCAACCAAUUGUUAGAGAAAUUCAACUUAUUGAAAAAUGGUGAGUCCAACGCUGCUUCACAAAUCCAUCCAAGUCAUGUUUCUGGUCCAAUACAGCAAUCUUCUGGGGCUCUAACCAAUGAAAUUAACCUAAUCGAUUUUAACGAUUUAGACGAAACACCCUCUCAAGGAAACGACACUAGUGCUGCGGGUACUUCAGCAGAAGUAGAAACAUCUGCCAAUGAUUUAUUAGGUGAUCUGACUGACUUAUCCAUUUCAAAUACUCCAAGCGGUAACCAAACAGCUUUUGGUCUUGGAGGUGACAUUGUAUUGGGGUCUUCUCAACCUGCACCUCCAGUUACCACUACCACAAAUUCGAAUAACGACUUGGAUCUUUUGGGACUUUCAAGCCCUCAACCAACAACUAAUAACCAAGCAUUAAACGGUGGCGGGUUUGACAUUUUGGCUGGAUUUAGCACAACAUCAAGUACGGUUGCCACUCUACCAAACCUUGCAAGAACCUUGGUUAAUGAGUCAUCCAAUUUGAGAAUUGAGUUCGAAAUCAUCAGAGAGUCCGAUUCUGUCAUAAGGAUAAAAUCCUUUUUUACAAACUUAACCUCGUCGCCAAUCUCAAAUUUAGUCUUCUUAUUAGCAGUACCAAAGUCAAUGGCAUUGAAAUUGCAACCACAAUCUGGUAAUUUCAUGGCUGCAAGUGCUAAAGACGGUAUCACACAAGAGGGGAUUAUUGAAAAUGCUCCAAUUAACCCUUCGAAAUCUUUGAAAGUCAAAUGGAAGGCCACAUAUUCUGUUAAUUCCACUCCAGCCGACGAAACAGCUGUUUUUACAUUACCUAAUGUAUAA